AGCGAAUUAAAGGCGGCGUGUGACGUCACGUCCUCAUUUGCAUGCCGCGCGGUAUUUAGCCCGCGACUGCAGCCUCCCUCCUCACUUCGUCCCCGCGCGCCUUCCGGAACCUACGCAACCCCGCGCUCGAGCCUCCACGCGUCUGCCGACCCACAUCUGCCCCUUCAAAUAUGUCUGACAAACCCGACCUCGAGGAAGUCACCAAAUUUGACAAGAGCAAGUUGAAGAAGACCGAGACGGCUGAGAAAAACCCCUUGCCGUCCAAAGAAACCAUCGAACAGGAGAAGGCUGCGACAUCAUGAAGACCCACCCUGCUAAUGCACUGUACAUUUCUACAAGCAUUGCCUUUUUUUCCCCACCUUACUGUGUAUCCCAAAGUUUCAGUGCUAUCAUGCAAAAAAAACAAAUGACUGUACAGCCCCCACCCGCUUCCCUAGAUUCACACACCCUUAAGAUGGCGUAAGAGAAGUGAGCAGCACUCUGCGAAGGAACUGUGGCUUGAUCUCCUGAUGUCUGCAUGGGCUCCAUCUCUCCCCCACCCCACUGGCUGCGUCUCCUCCAGCAUGUAUAUUGUGGGAAGAGCAUGGGUGUGAUCAACGGUUUGGGGGGGGGGGGCCUACACUUUUCUACAACAUGUGUAAAUGCCAGAGCCAGCCACCUGGGGAGGUGCCUACAAAUCUUUUUUUUCUCUUUUUUUUUUUUUUGAGUCAAAUUUGGGAAUGCACGAGUUGUUUUGAUAUGCAAAUAAAAAAAACAUAUUGCUUGUA